UGUAGUUUUGUCCCCCUCCCCCCGCCGCCCGUUUUUCUCUUCACGAAAUUUGGGGCGCUCUUCCGGGGCAAAACACAACAAUCGCGACAACGACGUUCAGUUGUUUUUAGGUUAGCCAAAUACAGUAUUCGUCGUCAGCUCGAGACUAUUUCAAAAGAUUGUCUCAACAAAAAUUUUAAUGACUAAAAGGUUAAUUAAUUUCUCAUUGACGGCUAAUGAUCCUCUAAUAUGAAUUUCAAUGAUGAGUAUCAGUUGAAUGUUUGGAAGGGAGAUUGGGGCCUACCAUCCGCGGAUAUUCCAUGUCUACAAGUUCUGGCCUACGCUAAGUUCAGUGGAGUGCCGCUGACAGUGAAUCCAACAAGCAAUCCCUUCAGGACUCCUCGCGGCCACUUACCGGUACUCAAAGCUGGCGUUAAUUCGCUCGAUUCAAUCCAAGACAUCGUUGAAUUAUUUCGUAAACGUAAUUAUAAUGCAGACUUCCAUUUAUCAUCUAAACAAUGCUCCGAGGUUCUCAGUUAUGAGUACAUGCUCAAGGAGAGCUUGUAUCCAGCUGUUCAAUUUGUAUGGUGGAUCGACCAACGAAAUUUCACCGAUUUCAUCCGUCCCUGGUACGCAAAAGCAAUACCCUUUCCCCUCAAUUUUUACUAUCCCUCAAAAUACCAGAAACACGCACGUGCCAUGAUAGAAUCCCUUUUCCCCCACGAGGAGGUGACGACUGCAAUCGAGAAUAAAAUAUACGCCGAAGCCCAGAAGUGCAUAAAUCUUCUGUCAACGAGACUUGGUGAUUCUGAUUAUUUCUACGGUUCGCAGCCUACAUAUCUCGAUGCAAUAGUCUUCUCUUACUUGGCGCCUCUGUUGAAAAUACCAUUGCCGAAUCCAUCACUUCAGAAUCACCUCAAGGCAUGCACAAACCUUGGGAAAUUCGUUUCACGCAUAUCCCAGAGAUAUUUCGAGGCUGAUUAUCAGAAGUACGAAAAAAUUAAAUCAAAGGAGAACGAAACGAGGUUGAGCAAGGACGCUGAUCCUGAAUUUCCCCAUAAAAUGAGGAAUCAAAUAUUGGCUGGAAUUUUCGCUGCCGUGGCUAUGGUCUCUUACGCUAUUUGCACGGGUAUUGUUAAAUAAAUAACGAAUUGGAUAUUUUAUAUUUUAUGGAAUAUUAUAAGAAAGUUCGCGUUGGAGAAAAUGUGGGCAAAUUGAACUUUUUUUUGCAAGAAAAAUAAAUUUAUAUAUAUAUAUAUACACAUAUAUAUAUAUAGGUAAUAAAAGUUAUCAUUUGAAUAAUAUAGAUACUAUGUAUCAACACCCAUGUAUAUUUACGCAAAAGAGAUGUGAGAGUGUAUACGAAGAGAGGAAGCCAUAAGCCAUGUUCAACAAUUUUCUAGUGUUCUCCAAUAUGAUGAAUUAAAAGUUAUUAAAAUGUUAUUUUGUUUUCUUC